CCGUCAAGUUGACAGAUUGUUUUUCUUCUUUCUAGAAAGAAAAUAUUUGUCUUAUUAUAACUCAUUUUUGUGCAUGAAAAUUGUAAAAUCAUUUAAAUCUCACUAUUUGUGUUAUUUAUAAUGAACUCUGAUAAAGUUUAGUUUGAAGAAAAAUUUUAAGUAUUGUGCAAAAUGAGCAAACAUAUGUAUUCUACGGCAAACUUGAGCGACAAAGAGCUGAAGGAGCAAGGGAACAGACUUUUUAGCUUACGAAGGUUUGAAGAUGCUAUGAAUUGCUACACUAAAGCUAUUAUAAAAAAUCCAUCUGUUGCCACAUACUUUACUAAUCGAGCGCUAUGUCAUUUAAAAAUGAAACAUUGGGAAGCUACAUGCCAGGAUUGCAGGCGUGCUCUGGAUAUAGACACCAAUCAAGUUAAAGGGCACUUCUUUCUUGGACAAGCUUUGGUGGAAUUAGAGUGUUACGAUGAAGCCAUUAAGCAUUUGCAUAGAGCGAGUGAUCUGGCUCGUGAACAGAAGUUGAACUUUGGUGAUGACAUUGCUGCUCAGCUGCGCAUUGCUAGAAAGAGGAGGUGGAAUGUUCAGGAAGAGAAGAGAAUAUCUCAAGAAAUUGAACUCCAAACUUAUCUUAAUAGAUUAAUUAGUGAAGAUAUGCAGCGUAGAAUAGAAGGUAUAAAAUUAGAGAAUACAAAUGAAGAAGAUGUAAGCUCGAGGGUUUCUAAAGUUGAAGAAGAAUGUAAUAACUAUUCUAGUGAGUUAAACAAUUUAUUUUCGAAGAUAGAUGAAAGGAGACGGAAGCGUGAUGUGCCAGACUAUCUUUGCGGCAAAAUCAGCUUUGAGAUCUUGAAUGAGCCAGUAAUAACGCCCAGUGGUAUAACUUACGAGAAGAAGGAUAUCGAAGAGCAUCUUGAGCGCGUCGGACAUUUUGAUCCAGUGACUCGUGUGAAGUUAACCGCAGAUCAGCUCAUACCUAACUUCACUAUGAAGGAGGUAGUCGAUGCUUUCUUGCAGGAGAACGAAUGGGCACUUGAUUAUUGAGUGACUAUUUACAAGCAAAGUCGUGAUGCACACAGUCCGUGGGUCUGCUUAUUUACGAAUUACGUUUCAUAUAUGUAGUUCUAUCCCUUUCUGGGGUAUGGAGAGAAAG